ACAUACACACACCACUGACCCUCCCCAUACUGUACACACACACACACAUACACAGACACACACACAUGCGCACACUUACUCAUACAAGUGCUCUCCAAACAGCACACUCUCACUUCAGCUUUGCACAGGAUAUUAUGAAAUCAGCAGUGUUGCUGAAACUUAGUCAAGGUCGCUGGGAGUCCUCUCUCUCCCACACACACACUUCACCUGGCACUUACACACUCACACACACAUCCUUGUGCAGGGAGCUGCAUCUCAGCUCAGUCCCAGUCCUCUACUCGAGCAAGAAGCCCGCUGGUGAUCGGACUGUCGCCUGAAGCGAAGAGGCCGAGCCGGCGUUGAUUCAAUUUUACAGCCCAGUCACUCUCUCUGAAGCUCCGAUUAGUCAGCCGAGGGAGACGAGGAGGAGAAGAAGAAGAAGAAGAAGAAGCAGAGGAAUAGUGAUGGCUAUGACAGACAUUGCGGAGGAUGACCUGGAUGAGAUGAUGCGCGAAGAAGCGGAGGAUGUCUUCUACGAGGACGGAGUGUCGUCCCGCGUCCCAGAGAUCAUGGCGGCCGGCACCCACUCUCCCGGAGGGCCCAAUGGUAUAAUCCGGAGUCAGUCCUUUGCCGGCUUCAGCACGCUACAGGAACGACGCUCUCGGUGUAACUCUUUCAUGGGGAACUCGGCGGUGCAGAAGAAGCCUCAGUCCAAGCCAAAGAAGCCCCACCUGUCAGGACACAAGGGAGGCAGCAGCUCCAGAGAGCCGCAGCCCAAAAGACUGGAGGAGGUUUACAAUGCACUCAAACAAGGCCUGGAUGAGUAUCUUGAAGUUCAUCAAACGGAGCUGGACAAACUCACGUCUUUGAUGAAGGACAUGAAGAGGAACUCUCGUCUGGGAGUGCUGUACGAUCUUGACAAGCAAAUGAAAACCAUCGAGAGGUACAUGAGACGUCUGGAGUUUCACAUGAGCAAGGUGGACGAGCUGUACGAGGCCUUCUGCAUCCAGAGCCGUCUGAGGGAUGGUGCCAGCCGGAUGAAGCAGGCCUUCUCCUCCUCUCCCUCCACUAAAGGCACCAAGGAGAGCAUCGCAGAGGUCAAUCGCCGCUACAAGGAGUACACUGAGAACAUGAGCACAUUCGAGAGUGAACUGGAGAACCUGCUCGGGGAGUUUCAUAUCAAAAUGAAAGGUUUGGCAGGCUUUGCGAGGCUCUGUCCUGGAGACCAGUAUGAGAUCUUCAUGCGUUACGGUCGCCAGCGAUGGAAGUUGAAGGGAAGGAUUGAAGUGAACUCCAGACAGAGUUGGGAUGGAGACGAGAUGGUCUUCAUGCCUCUCAUCACUGACCUCAUCAACAUCAAGGUGACUGAGCUGAAGGGCCUGGCCACUCACAUGCUGGUGGGCAGUGUGAUCUGUGAGACCAAGGAGCUGUUCACUGCCAUGCCUCAGGUGGUGGCUGUAGAUGUCAACGACCUGGGGACCAUCAAACUCAACCUGGAGGUCACGUGGUACCCCUUCGAUGUUGAGGACCUCACUCUGUCAUCUGGCAAUGUGAGCAAAGCCACAGCACUUCAGAGACGAGUGUCAGUCUACAGCCAGGGCACGCCAGAGACCCCCACUUUCCAGGACACCUCCUUCUUUUCCACUUUACCUGAUGAUGUCUUCGAGAAUGGUGGCUGUGGUGUGGCCGAGUGCAAGCGUCUCUCCUUCACCUUCUCAGACACCUCUGGUUCCACGCCAAGUCCCGCCCCAAGCUCCCACUCCCCCGGCCAGUCCAACCCUGAGAUCACAGUCACCCCUCCAGAAACUGACCCAUCACCUACACAAAUCGUCCCAACAAGGGAGGACUCCAUCCCUGAGGAGCAUUUUGUGGAGGAAGAGGAGGAGGAGGAGGAGGAGUAUGAAGAGGAUGGGGAGACGGGUAGUAGAGGAAGCAGGGGAACCAGUGCCAGCCUGGCCAGUGAUGAAGCCGAGGUGGCAGAGGACUCUGAAUGGGAGCGCACAGAGUCACAGCGAAAUUCUGGCUCCAACUGUGGUUCAGCUGCCCCGUCCCUCUGCUCUGACGGCCACCUGUCUACAGUGGCUCCAGAGGAUGUUUUCCUAGACCACAAUGAUGAACUGAAACCUGUGGAACUGGACACGGAGGAGGCGGGCAGCCUGACCAGGCAGCUUGUGAAGAGGCUUACUUCUUCUGAAAUUGUGCCGCCAAGUGGGAGCUCGACAGAGGGAGGAGGAAGUCUGAGCUGGGCAGGAGAGGGGAGCAGGGCUUUCCUGGAGAGCAGCAUGGAGGAGGCCAUCCACAGCCUGCUGAUGAGACUGGAGUCUCUGACUCACCGCUGCCGAGAGCUGCAGGACCUGGAGCAGGAAGUGAUGCGUCUGGAGGACCUGCUAAAGUGUCGUCUCCCAGGUCACCGGAGCCGGUCAUCCAGCCUAAGUCUAACAGUGGAGAGUGCUCUGGAGAGUUUUGACUUUCUCAACACCUCUGACUUCGACGACGAGGACACCGGAGACGAUAAUGCCGUCCUCUCCACCCCCCCACAGAGGUCUCCACUUUUUGAUACAGAUGGAGAAAGGAUCGGUGGCCAGCAUCCAGAAGCCAGAGGACACCUGAGUGAAGCCCUGACAGAGGACACCGGGGUGGGCAACAGCGUGGCUGGAAGCCCUCUGCCGCUCACCACUGGAAACGAGAACCUGGACGUGGCUAUCGUCAUUCACCUGCAGUACUGUAAUCACCUCAUAAAGUUGUUGACCGGCGGGGUGAGUGUGUGGCAGCGUCGCAGUCUUCUCCUCAAACUGUCCGGACAGACUCAGCUGAUAGAGGAGCUGGCAGAGCUCAGUGUGGACAGACUGGAAACAAUUACCUCUGCCGAUGAUGUUCUCCCGGGCCUCGCAGAGCGCCCACAGCUGAUGACUCUGUGGUCAGAGUGCAGUGGGUCUGCAGGACUUUUCCACACCACACUGGACAGAGUGUUCAAACAUAUGAACCAGCGCUACACAGCAGUGCUGCAGGAGAGACACCCACGCAGCGCUGACACAGUGAUUGGUGUCGUCGUGGGCGAGAUGGUGGACAGGAGCGAUCUGGUGGCGGCACACAAUCCUACUGCUGCUGAGCUCUCACAGGAUGUCUUGACGGUGUUUCAGUUCCACAGCUACAUCUUACAACAUGAAGUGCAGGACAUGGAGACACACCUGCUGCAACUGGCCAGAGAGGAGGUGUUUGCAGAGGCUCUGUGCAGUGGGGACUAUUCUCGGUGUCUAGCAGAACUACAGGAGGUGUCUGUGUCAACCCUGUGGCCCCGAAACAGCACCCUGAGGGCCCUGGCCUCUCUGCUCACUGCAGAGGACCCUCAGGUCAACAAGGCAGCAGCCGACUACCUCUCCUCUGCAUCACACAGCCACUUCAGGACCAGAGCAGUGGAGUGCUACACCCACGCGCUGUCAGAGGCUGGAGUUCAGAGCCAGAGGGCGGCCUGUUCAGCGCUCAGCUGUCUGCAGGCAGUCGAAAGCAUCAAAGCCGUGGUAGCACUGUGUGAUUCAGCUGAUGAAGAACUUCGCCAUGUCGCCAUAGAAACCCUGCUCACAUUUGGUGAAGAAGGACGGCUGGCGUACGAGCAGCUGGACACGGUGCCGGGGGAAAUAAUUCGCCUGGGCACACGACGAGGAAACGCUGUCACCACUGCCUUCUGAGCCACUGUGCCACCAAAAACAUCACAAACAACAUUUAAGCCCGACCUCUGAGGACAGCACUGCCCCCUCCCUCAGCUUGACCCCACACUGCACACCUCACAGGGCUGUUAAUGACUGAUCACUUUGUUGAUCUGUUUCUUUUUGGGCAUAGACUUAAGGAUCUUGACACCGCCACAUUAGAUCACUGUUCUUACUGAUACUGCCUAACACCAAACAAACUGUCUUAACCACAAACAACACACAACCUAUAACCCUCCUGCACGCACACACACACACACUCCUCGUUCCUCCAUCACCUCCACUUUCAGACACUCCCCCUUUCCUCGCCCUGCUUUCUGAGCCAGGCAGAUCGGUCACGUUGAGUUUAACUGGAGAAGCAUUUUACAGGACACACAGCCGCUGGAAGCUGCUCCAAAGACUGCGGAAACUAGAGUUGGAGCAUCUCCACCUUUCACAGAAGCUCCGUCAACAAGCCACUGCACACUUGUAUCACUUACUCACUGGUUACUCACCUUGAUUGUUACAGAGUCAGUUGUGUCACACAGUAUAUUAACUAUGAUCUUUGUAUAAUCACUGUCCAUCGUUAGAAAUGUUUUCUGGGGCUUACGGAAGAUUUGCACUGUUGUAAGGCAUGUAAAUAAGGCAUAUUUUACACAGCUGGUGUAACAUAUGUGUUUGUAUUCAAAGUAUAUUUUUAAGUUCUGUUUUCUAGUACGUUCCAUUUUGAGUUUCAGGGAUUCUUGUACGAUUGAAAGACGCGCGUCUUGUGGCAGGCAGGACAGUUAAGUUGAGAAUGCCUUUCUGAGAGGAAGUGAUGUCGUGGUAUGAAAGCCCUACUUUAACAGCAGUUUACUGUCUUGAACAGAUUUUGACCUCGGCUAUCUAUCAGUGGAGGAAAAGUAAAAAGCGUAGAGGUGAAACAGGUCAGCUUUGUCAUACUUGCAGUUGAACAAGUGCAAUUUCUCUGUACAUACAUGACUCUUUUGCACCGAGCUGGCAUCAGAAGACAUUUGAUAAAAGUCAGCUUUGACCAUUUGAGCCUUGACGUGGUCGAGCAGGCAUGUUUCCACAAAUACACUUCUUUUGUCAGUGUGUUUUUCCUACCAGGUACGGAGCAAGUCCAGGGCAAUAAAUUUGGUUUAGGAUCGUGACCGUGCACUUUCUCAAUAACUGUACAGAGACAAGGAUACUGGGCAGAGUAAAGGCCUAAGCUAACUGCACAUUCAUACAGUAUGUGAGCUAAUGGCAGGAUCAGAAAUUAAGCUUUUCUUCUGAGAAGCUGCAGAAGGAAGUGUUUUGUUUUGGGUCCAUCCGAACUGUAACAGAGGGAAAACUGACCCGAGAUAAGCGCCUAAUUCCAAUUUUUCUCAUUGUAACUGUACUACUGAGUCUUGUGCUCGUGCACGAUGACAAAACUCACAUUUGUUCACACAUCUUAUUUAUUAUUUACUUGUAAUUCUAAUAUUCUUUGGAGUUAUACUGUAAUAGUGCAGUUGACAUCGUUAUGUAAAUGAAAUGUAUAUUUAUGUUAUAUUUUGGAUCAGGUCUAGUAUUUGAAAUUUAUUGUUUGAAAAGGCUUCCAUGUUGUUACCAUGCAAAUGAUCUCAUGCUUAACUUUAACUGGAGUUUAUUUUGAAGGAAUUAUAUUAGAUGAAUUAUUAUUUGGGAGAAGUUUAAGUUUUGCUAAUAAUCUAAUAAUAUUAUACUUUUCCCUAAAAAGGUCCCGAACAUGUUGGGACGUUAUAUAUUAGAAAUGUUACUUUAUUACUUAGAUUUACUGUAACCAAAGGAAGAAUUUUAAAAUUUAAGAGCUCAUAAUUCAUAAAGAAGAAUGUAUUUUCAAUACGACGUUUGCAUUUUGGCCAGAAUACUCAGACUUGUCUUUAAAAGCACAACUUAAAAAUAAAACAAACCCGUAAUAUAUGAAUCUUAUUUGGUUCUAACGGCACAGUCCAAAAGCCAUAUUGAUUACAAGUGGUAAUAUUUUUAUGAAAUGUAUUUUUUCUUUUGUAUUAUAAUCUGUAAAUGUGUGAAGUUGUUACUAAAAGCUGAAAAUGGUUUUAAGUUUUGUUUUUGUUUUUUUCCAUACAGCCUUUUGCAAAACAUGGUCCAUAUUUUAAGUAACUUUUGUUUCUUCCAUGAUGUGAAUAGCAUUACAGUAUCUAAUUCAUCCACCCAUUCAGUGUUUUUUUUUUGUUUUGUUUUUUUGAGAGAGAGAGAGAGAG